UGUGUCCACAGAGACCUGGCAGCAAGGAACGUCCAGGUCUGUGAUGGAAAGCUGGUGAAGGUCUGCGACUUUGGUUUGGCACGGGACCUGAUGAAGGACCAGGACUACAUCGCUAGAGGCAACAACUUCCUGCCGCUCAAGUGGAUGUCUCCAGAGAGCAUCUUCCAGAGCAUCUACAGCUCUCAGAGCGAUGUGUGGUCCUACGGAGUCUUACUGUGGGAGAUCUUCUCUUUGGGUGAGAGCCCGUACCCCGACCUCUCCAUGACCCAAGAGUUUUACUCUGCUCUGAAGAGAGGACACAGGAUGAGCAGACCUGAACACGCUCCGCACCACAUCUUCCAGCUGAUGAAACAUUGCUGGGAGUCGGAGCCUCAGCUCAGACCGUCCUUCUCUUCGCUCAUCAUCUCCAUUGGAAACUUGUUGCCUGAAGAACACAACAAGUGUUACGUCCGGCUCACAGAGUACUUCCUGAAAGAUCCAUCUGUUGUUCGAUCAAGACGAAGUGUAAUCAGGUCUACUGAGGAUCAGACAAACACACACGAAAGCCCCGCCCUUCCUGUGAAACGUCACCUGUCAGAGGUGGGGCCGGAGGAGGCGGGCCCUUCCCCUGGGACUUACAUCAUCCACAUCUCUGACAUCACCCAAGAAACGAGUGGCGGCACUGCGCUGGACGCAGCCAGCCUCCAUCACUCAGAUACACCACAACCACAGGAAGUGACAUCCUCAGAGGGUAAACAGGAAGCCGACAAGCUGUCUCCCUGCAGUUGUCAGGAAGAGGAGGAGAGCUGUCUGUGAGGCUGCUGAUGCCUGACAGACAGAGCAGAGGGUUAAAAACCAGCUCAAUCCCAGAUGUGUCACCAGCUGUUGUUCUGCGUUUAGAAGCUGGAACUGUUUCUUUGUUCUGGAUCUUUGUUCUUCGCUGAUUUUUAUUAUACAACAGUUUGAUCCUCAGCUCUGCUGUCAGUCAAACUGUCCAUGUCUGUGAUUGGUCAUAUGGAGUAAACCCCGCCCCUUUUAUGUGCAUGCUCUCAUAUCUAGAGGAAAACCGUCGGAUUACAUAAAGAUAUCCUGGAUAUAUUGAACUCGCUUCGUAGAACAGGUACUGUCAGAUGAUGUGAUCAGGUGUGACCGGCAGGUGAGAGGCAGGUCCUGGAUCAGAUCUGAACUCUUUAUUCUUCAUUUAUUCUGUAUCAAGUUUUCAUAUUAACUGAAUAUUUUAAUUAAACAAGAAGAAACAAAGUCUGAGUCUGUU